UACAUUUCAGGAAUCCCAAACCUCCAAAAUGGGAGCGUCUGCGUCGAGAAGCCUUCAACCAGAACAGCUCGCUAUGUUCAAAAAGAUGCCUCCAAGCAACAACUUUUAUCAGGCAGAAAUAGAAAUACCAGAACGUGAGGAAAAUCGGGUGCCCACGGAUAAAAAAUUUUUAAUAGUCCUGGGGGUGAUGAUACUCGUUUUGCUACCCUUUGUAAUAUACACCCUGUGCUAUUCUGAUAUGGACAGACUUUCUAUCUACGAUCAAUGCGGUAAUAUUUGUGGAAAGAAAAACGCUAAAUAUGACCAAUGGGAGUGUACCGGACAAGAUUACACAAAUAAGAAGCUGUUACAGUUCGAUAAUCUUCACGAGGUAAAGGACAUCUAUCUAAGUUCACGACGUUGUGUUUCUGAAUGUUAUCCAGGCUACAGUGAAAUGCUCCAAGGAUAUUGUUUCGAAGGAGAAAUCGACAGAACAGAGGCCACAGCUGAUGUCGACUUGGAAAACUGGAGCAGUGAGUUGGGGGUAUUUUUGCAAUCCAUGGCAUGGAGACUCACCCUCGCUUGUUUCUUAUCUUUAGCUGUUGCACUCUCAAUGCUCUAUCUGUUCCGUGUGGCCGCUGCUGCGAUGGUAUGGAGUAUCCUGGCAGGGGUGCUCGUUUUAUUAGUUAUACUCGUGGCAUUUUUGUGGUAUGGUUACUUCAAAAUAGAGUCAAAUGACAAGGGUGGUCUCAUUAUCGCACCUCUAUUUUUCACGGUCAUGCUGGUGAUAUUAGUCGCCGUGUUGGUAUUUUUACACAAGAAGAUUGCCUUGGUGAUCGUCAUCUUCAAGGAAGCCAUGAAGGCUACGUUUGCUAUGCCGCGGCUUCUGCUGGUUCCCAUUGUGACAUUUUUUGCUGACCUGUUGGUAGUUGUUAUAUUCCUGAUUGCGUUAGCAUUCAUGCUUUCAGCAGGUACACUGACUGAGAUAAUAGACGGCUAUUUGCAGUAUCAACCCAAUGUGGUGAUGCAAUUCUCCAUUAUCUUCAGCUUUUGGAUGACUUUUUGGGUGAGCCAGUUCUUGACUGGAAUCCAGUACAUGGUUAUUGCUGGUGCUGUCUCCAAAUGGUACUUUGCAAAAGACAAAAACAACCUGAAUGCUCCAAUUAUCACCAGCGCCUCUAUAGCCUUCAAAUUCCAUUUGGGUACCGCUGCCUUUGGGUCCUUGAUAAUCACUGUAAUGGCGAUCAUCCGCUCACUUAUUUCAUCGCUUUUCAAAAACAAGUUCGUCAAGGCCUGUUUUGAUUCGUGCAUGUCGGUGAUCGAGGACUUCUUGAAGUAUUUGUCCAAAAACGCGUAUAUUAUGACAGCAAUGCACGGAAAACCGUUCUUCAAAUCCGGUAAAAGGGCAGCACGAAUUUUGCUCCAGAACGUGGCGAACAUCAUUGUCCUCAACUACAUUGGAGACUUCGUUAUUGUCAUGGCCCAAGUACUAGUGAUGCUUAUAUCGCUGUUAUUCACCUAUCUGAUUUUGCAGGGCGUUGAUUCACCUCACAAAUGGGCGGUUUACGUCAUCGUUGGAAUCAUUUCCAUAAUCGUGGCAGCCAUUUGCUUCUCAAUAUUUGAGACUGUAAUCGACACCAUUUACUUGUGCUUCUGUGAGGACAAAUUACUCAACGACGGUAUGGCUCGACCGUACGCCAUGUCCAGGGAUUUGAUGGAGUUCAUGGAAGAUUCCAAGAAAAUCUUUGGAGAGAAGAAGACAUAGACAUAGAUCUUUGAAUGCUUUGACCAUACAAAAUGUUACCAAUUUUAAUGUUUAAAUGUAACAGUGUCAGGGACGUCAAUAUUUGUUUUUGUUCGUUAUUUUUGUACUUACGAUUCAAUAAGAGAAAAUAUAUUUUUAUUUAUAAAGCCAAUAUAGCCUAAUGUAUGCUAAUUUUAUAUUAUAAGGCUUAUAUAUUAGUGUUUUAUAUAUUGUUCACUAUUUAUAAAAUAAAUGUGUCUGUUACAUAAACACCAUGAAAAGCAGAUAAAAAUAUA